AUGUACCUGACCCAGCAAGAGGAGCCGCCUCCCGUGGGCUCGUCCGCCACGGCGUCGCCCCCUAGUGAGGCUGGAGCCACCACCAGCACCACCACCAGCACCACCAGCACCAGCGACUAUCCUCCCGCAACUGGCGCUUCGUUUGCCCCCCAGCCGCAAUUCCCAACACCUGCCAUGGCCGCUGGCCCCUCUGGCAGUACUGCUGGUGGCGCCAACACCAACGGGUCGUCCACCACCAUUCCUGACUCCAAGACCACCGAGGCGUCUGUCACCAAGAAGAAGAAGAAGAACUCGCGCCGAAAACAUCGCAACUCCCACCUAGGCUGUGGCACCUGCAAGAAGCGGCGUAUCAAGUGUGACGAGACACUUCCCGCGUGCCUCAACUGCCUCAAGGGCAAGCUCAACUGUGCUUACUUGAACCUCGACUCCACUGCACGCAAUGCCUUGCGCAUGGCCCAGUUCAACCAAUCGUUGCGCCAGGACAAGGUGGAUGAUGCAGACCCGCAGGGACAGCCGUCCAGCACCACCAACAGUCCGCCAUCGCAGGCAGCCUCGGUGGCGGCCCAGGCGCUUCCCCAGGCAUACCUCCCGCUCAACACCCACCAGCAGCCUCCCCAGGGGUACCCAUUGUUGCCAGCCACCACCGUCAUCCAGUCGCCGUACGGGUCGCUCGUGUCGCUCCAGCCGGUAAUUGCCAGCGACGGCUCGGUGGUGUACGCAGCCACCGCUGCUCCCCAGCCCCAGCUUGUUCAGAACCAGCAGAUGUCUCUCCAGCGCCAGCAGGCUGCAAAUGUCCACGCGGCCAAUGCUGCUGCCAAUGCCCACGCUGCUCAGGUGGCCCAUGCCCAAGCUGCCCAGGUGGCCCACGCCCAAGCUGCCCAGAUGCCCCCCAGCCAGCUUGCCCCCAGCCAGCUCAUCUCGCCCCCCAUGCCGCUCGCUAUGGGCGCGUCCAUCCUCCCCCCCUCCAUUGCCACCACAUCCUCGGCCUCGUCCUCAACAGGGGUGGUGCCGCUGCUCACCCCCAUCACCUCCAGCCCGUCCACGGCAGCUGCAGCUGCCGCCGCUGCUCCCCCUCCACCCCCCUCCAUCUCCGCAUUGUCACCUUCGGCCACGGCCCCAGUCUCCAGAAUGGCCAAGGUGCCUCCCCCCUCCACCUCGGCCCCCUCGUCAGGCGCGUCGUCGGUGUCGCCUCCCACCACCACACGAAACCCCCUUUCCAUUCCCAUCACCACCUCCGCCGUUAACAACCCAUCGUUUGUGAAAAAAGAUUCCGAAGUGGUGUUGCCUCCCCUUCUCUCCACUCCUGCAACCUCCAGCGAGUUGCGCGUACCUGCGUUGAACAAGUCAUCCCGCGUCCAUACCAGCUACACCGAUUUGACCAAAGAGGCCGUUUCCCACCUCAAAACCUCAUCCUCCUCAUCGUCGCUUUCCACAGCACCCCUUCCUAAUGCAGCAUCUAAACAAAUUGGGUCGCCUCUGCUAGCCGCCGCAGGUGACCACAUCUCUACAUUCCACAGCUUGAGUCUUUCCGACAACGAGGUCAAGCUUCCGUCGAUCAGCUCGUUGCCCAAGCCAGAGCCCUCCCAGGAUAAGGUGCCCAGUAUCUCCAAGUUGCUCUCGUAG